AUGAAGUUCUACAUCGACGAGCUCCCCGUGCUAUUCCCUUACCCCAAGAUCUAUCCCGAGCAAUAUGCCUACAUGACCGAUCUCAAACGCACCCUCGAUGCCAACGGCCACUGCGUCCUCGAGAUGCCAUCAGGAACCGGAAAGACCGUCUCACUGCUCAGUUUGAUCGUAUCCUACCAGCUCUUUCACCCUGCCAAGCGCAAGCUCAUCUACUGCUCGCGUACCGUGCCCGAAAUCGAAAAGGCGCUCGCUGAGUUGAAGCGUCUGAUGGAAUACAGAGCAAGGUACAACGUCAAGGAAGGCGAAGAGUCAGAGGUGAUCAAAAACGAGGCAGAGGGCAGCAACGGUCCAGGAGAACACAACACUGAGAUGAAAGGGAAAGGCAAAGCGGGUGGUCAGAUGGAAGAUAUCCUCGCCUUGGGCCUCAGUUCGCGUAAGAACCUCUGCAUCCAUCCAGACGUCAGCCGCGAACGCAAAGGCAAAGUCGUCGACGCAAGGUGCAGAGAUAUGACCAGCAGUUGGGCUUGCGAGAAAGGCCGUCAAGAUCCGGGCAGCGUCGAGCUUUGCGACUUCCAUGAAGAACUCGGCAAGAUGGAACCAGGCCAACUCAUCCCGCAAGGCGUAUGGACGCUAGAAGAAGUCAAAGAGUAUGCGCGCGACAAGGGCAUCUGUCCUUACUUUGCCAUCCGACGCAUGCUCCCCUUCGUCGACAUCAUCAUCUACAGCUUCCACUAUCUUCUCGAUCCCAAGAUCGCCGAGCAGGUCAGCAAGGAGAUGAGCAAAGACGCCAUCGUCGUGUUCGACGAGGCCCACAACAUCGACAACGUCUGCAUCGAGUCGCUGUCCAUCGAUCUCACACGGCCUAUGCUCGACAGCGCAUACCGCAGUAUUAAUCAUCUCUCGGAACGUGUCGACGAAAUCAAAAAGACGGAUGCAUCCAAGCUGCAGGACGAGUAUGCACGCCUCGUCGAGGGUUUGCAAGAGCAGGGCGAGCAGAGGGAGGCCGAGUCCUUCAUGGCGAAUCCCGUGCUUCCAGACGACCUCUUGCAAGAAGCGAUACCCGGCAACAUUCGUCGUGCGGAACACUUUGUCGCCUUCCUCAAACGGUUCGUCGAGUACCUCAAAACACGCAUGCGUGUCCUCCACGUCGUCGCAGAAACACCGGCGAGUUUCCUGCAGCACUUGAAAGACAUCACCUACAUCGAGCGAAAGCCGUUGCGCUUUUGCGCCGAACGACUCCGCAUGCUCGUCAGCACGCUCGAACUCACCCGCCUUGACGAAUUUUCCGCAUUGCAGAAGGUCGCAGCGUUCGCCACCCUCGUCGCCACCUACGACAAAGGGUUUCUGCUCAUCCUCGAGCCCUUUGAAACCGAGAACGCAACUGUGCCCAACCCCAUCUUCCAUUUCACUUGUCUCGACGCAAGUCUCGCCAUAGCUCCCGUCUUCGAACGCUUCUCGAGCGUCAUCAUCACCAGUGGUACCAUCAGCCCGCUCGACAUGUACCCCAAGAUGCUCAAGUUCGACGCCAUCGUCCAAGAGUCGUACGCCAUGACGCUCACUCGCCAAUGUUUCCUGCCCCUCGUCAUCACAAGAGGCAGUGACCAGGUCGCCAUCAGCUCGCGCUUCGAGGUGCGAAACGAUCCAGCCGUGGUGCGCAACUACGGCAGCAUCCUGAUCGAGUAUGCCAAGUGCGUACCGGAUGGCAUCGUCGCCUUCUUCCCCUCUUACCUGUACAUGGAGAGCAUCGUGGCUGCAUGGCACGACAUGGGUAUUCUCGACGAGGUGUGGAAGUACAAGCUCAUCUUUAUCGAAACGCCAGAUGCGCCCGAAACGAGUAUUGCCCUCGAGAACUACCGCAGAGCGUGCGACAACGGCCGUGGUGCCAUCCUGCUGUCCGUCGCAAGAGGCAAAGUGUCUGAAGGCAUCGAUUUCGAUCACAACUAUGGACGCGCCGUCAUCAUGUUCGGUGUGCCCUAUCAAUACACCGAGUCACGUAUUCUCAAAGCUCGAUUGGAGUUUCUGCGCGACAACUUCCGCAUCCGUGAGAACGAUUUUUUGACCUUCGACGCGAUGCGGCACGCGGCUCAGUGCGUGGGACGAGUUCUGCGAGGUAAGACCGACUACGGUCUCAUGGUGUUUGCGGACAAGCGAUUCGCACGUGCCGACAAGCGCAACAAGCUUCCUAAAUGGAUCGCACAAUACAUCAAGGAGACGCAUUCCAACCUGUCGACAGACAUGGCCAUUGUCGAGUCGAAGCUCUUUAUCCGUUCCAUGGCGCAACCGUAUCCAGAGGGCAAGAAUGGAGUCAGUUUGUGGGAACUCGCCGAUAUCGAAUCGCGGCAGGCCAAGGAACGGGAAACGUUUGCAAAGCUCAUGGGUGGACAGCUCAAGGUGGAUGCCAACGGAGAGGUGGUCGACAAGGACGACAGCUAUUCCGACAUGGAAGAUGACGGCAAGCAAGAGGACGAUUUCGACAAGGAGUUCGGCGAGGGCCACGAUCUUGUUCAGAUUAAUGAGAUGGAUCAAGUCAUGCAGGAAGUCUGA